AUGGCCACCGUCAAGACAACUGCGGAACCCUCGGGCUUCUCUGAGUUCUUGACAGUUUUCUGCCAAGGGCUGAAGACACACUUCACUUCUCGGCUGAGAACUGAAGACAAAAGGAUGUUCAAGUUCAUCAAAAAGCGAUUCAAGCGUUUUGGUGAUUACUCGAGGCUGUCCAGCAAUAGGAGAAGCCCUUCUCCAGAGCUGGACACCGGCCUCCAUAACUCUUUCUCACCAGAGAGCAACAGCUGCAGCCUCAACUGCAGCCUUCAGUGCCUCCCACCACCUGAGGUGCCCAGCUGCAGCCUCGACUGCAGCCUGCAGGGCCUUCCACCAGUCAAAGACCCCAGUGACAGCCUGGACUGCAGCCUACAGGGUGUCCCACCAGUUGAAGACCCCAGCUACCGCCUCAACUGCAGCCUGCAUGACCUUCCACCAUUCGAAGACCCCAGCUGCAGCCUCGACUGCAGCCUGCAUGACCUUCCACCAUUCGAAGACCGCAGCUGCAGCCCCGACUGCAGCCUGCAGGGCCUUCCACUAGUCGAAGACCCCAGCUGCAGCCCCGACUGCAGCCUGCAUGACCUUCCACUAGUCGAAGACCCCAGUUGCAGCCUCGACUGCAGCCUGCAGUGCCUCCCACCACCUGUGGUGCCCAGUUGCAGCCUUGACUGCAGCCUGCAGGGACUUCCACCACCUGAGGUCCCAAGUUGCAGCCCUGACUGCAGACUGCAGGCGCUCCCACCAGUUGAGGACCCCAGCUGCAGCCAGGACUGUAGUCUACAGGGCCUCCCACCACCCGAGGUCCCCAGUGACAGCCUGGACUACAGCCUGCAGGGUGUUCCACCACCUGAGGUCCCAAAUUGCAGCCCCGACUGCAGCCUGCAUGACCUUCCACCAGUCGAAGACCCCAGUUGCAGCCCCGACUGCAGCCCGCAUGACCUACCACCAGUUGAAGACCCCAGUUGCAGCCUCGACUGUAGCCUACAGGGCCUCCCACCACCUGAGACCUCCAGUUUCACCCUUGACUGCAGUCUACAGGGCCUCCCACCAUGUGAGGUCCCAAGUUACAACCUCAGCUGCAGCCUACAGGGCCUCCCACCACCCGAGGUCCCCAGUGACAGCCACAAUUCUAGCCUGCAGGACCUCCCAGCCACUGAGGUCCCCAGCUGCAGCCUGGACUGCUGCCAACAAGGCCCCACACCCCCGGAGAUCCACACCAGCAGCCUGCACUUCAGCUUCCAGAGCCCCUCACCACCCACUCGCACCCUGCUGCUCCACAGCCCUGUGGUCAUCGGGAAGGGCUGGAGGAGGAAGAGGCGCCACUUCUUCCUCUUCAGAGAUUUGCUGUUGAUCUCCAAUGCAAAUUACAGGAAGAUUUUUAAAAUCAAACUGAAACUUCCACUAAGCACCAUGCGGAUCACUGACAACACUACAGGAAAGGCCACAGGUGCCAAGAGGUCCCUGCUCUUGUGCUGGCCCUCGGGGAGCGUGCUGGCCACCUUUCGAUCAGAAGAUCUGAAGAUGAAAUGGGCCUCUUUCCUUGAAAGAUACAUCGACGAAGCAGGAGAGAACAAUGCUUCCCUCAGCCAAGAAAACUGUGAACCUGAUUCUGGGGCAGCUGCCUGGAGCACAUCCUGCCCUCCUUCACCACCUCUUUGGGCUUCAGCACAGCGUCCAGCCACAGGGCUCCCCCACCUGCACCACAGCCCACAGCCUGGCCUUGUGUGGAGCCCUUGGAUUGCUCUGUCUGCCCAAGGCCCGUGGUACUUAUGGACCAAUGGGACUUACUAGAAGGGCACAGGUCCAUGAAGACAGAUCCUUCUGGUCUUUGAAUUUGCAGAGGAUGAUGAGAAGGCUCACUCAGACCAGAGAAACUGAGACCCUCUAAUUCCCCCCGGUUUCACUGCAUGUGUUUUAUGUUCCCAAAGUCUCCCUCUCCCUCCUUUUCUCCUCUAAGGGGGUGACUUGCAAAGG